AUGGGCUUCUCCGCCCUGGUCGCCAGCGCCCUGUGCACCUUUCUGCUGCCCCUGCUACUCUUUCUGGCUGCCGUCAAGCUCUGGAACCUGUACUGCGUGAGCAGCCGCGACCCCAGCUGCCCGCUCCCGCUGCCCCCCGGCACCAUGGGGCUCCCCUUCUUCGGGGAGACGCUGCAGCUGGUGCUGCAGAGGCGGAAAUUCCUGCAGAUGAAACGCAGGAAAUACGGCUUCAUCUACAAGACUCACCUCUUUGGGCGGCCCACGGUACGGGUGAUGGGCGCCGAGAACGUGCGGCACAUCCUGCUGGGCGAGCACCGGCUCGUCUCCGUGCAGUGGCCCGCCUCGGUGCGGACCAUCCUGGGCUCGGGCUGCCUCUCCAACCUCCACAACGGGCAGCACAAGCACCGCAAAAAGGUGAUCAUGCGGGCCUUCUCCCGGGACGCCCUGCAGCACUACGUGCCCGUCAUCCAGGAGGAGGUGAGCGCCUGCCUGGCGCGGUGGCUGGGCGCCGCCGGGCCCUGCCUGCUCGUGUACCCCGAGGUGAAACGCCUCAUGUUUCGCAUUGCCAUGAGAAUCCUGCUGGGCUUCCAGCCCCGCCAGGCCAGCCCCGACGGCGAGCAGCAGCUGGUCGAGGCCUUCGAGGAGAUGAUCCGCAACCUCUUCUCCCUGCCCAUUGACGUGCCCUUCAGUGGGCUCUACCGGGGCUUGCGGGCACGCAACAUCAUCCAUGCCAAGAUCGAGGAGAACAUCCGUGCCAAGAUGGCCCGCAAGGAUCCUGAGGGGGGCUACAAGGACGCGCUGCAGCUGCUGAUGGAACACACACAGGGUAACGGCGAGCAGCUCAACAUGCAGGAGCUGAAGGAGUCUGCCACAGAGCUGCUGUUCGGGGGCCAUGAAACCACUGCUAGUGCUGCCACGUCACUGAUCGCCUUCCUCGGGCUCCACCAUGAAGUCCUGCAGAAAGUGAGGAAAGAGCUGCAGGUCAAGGGGUUACUGUGCAGUUCCAACCAAGAGAAGCAGCUGGACAUGGAGGUCUUGGAGCAGCUGAAGUACACAGGCUGUGUCAUCAAAGAGACCCUCAGGCUGAGCCCGCCUGUUCCUGGAGGAUUUCGGAUUGCACUCAAGACCCUUGAGCUAAAUGGUUAUCAAAUCCCUAAAGGUUGGAAUGUUAUUUACAGUAUCUGUGAUACACAUGAUGUGGCAGACCUCUUUACCAACAAGGAAGAAUUUAACCCAGAUCGCUUCAUGUCUCCAUCUCCAGAGGAUUCCUCUAGGUUCAGUUUCAUUCCUUUUGGUGGGGGCUUGAGGAGCUGCGUGGGCAAAGAGUUUGCAAAAGUCCUUCUAAAAAUAUUUACAGUGGAGUUGGCUCGGAGCUGUGACUGGCAGCUGCUGAAUGGACCUCCUACAAUGAAAACAGGCCCCAUAGUGUACCCUGUGGACAAUCUGCCUACCAAAUUCAUCGGUUUCAGUGGCCAAAUCUGAGAGCUCAAC